AUGGCUGCAGCUGUGGGCAGUAGCAAAGGUCUUUCUCCAUCCUCGGUCGCGAGCGACGAUGACUCCACGAUCAAGGUUGCGCCCAAGAAGGUUGCGAAGGACAAGCCUGCUGGGAAAAUCAAACUGAAGACUCCGGCGCCAAAGCAGAACAAGCCGGGGAAUUGGCGGGAUGGGAGUGUGAUUGAUGAUGGAAAGAAAGGCACUGAUACUCCCAACAGCGCCUCUGGUCCUGCGAGCCCUGGCCCGGUGGUCAAUCAACUUGAUGACUCUGUGCGAGAGAAUUUCCCCACUGGAAGACCGCUUGAAGACCCGACUGAGCUGCAACAGUGCAAGAUUUGCAAGAAGGGUAUACUGAAGACUGUGAGUGCUGCACACGUCGAAGCGUGUAUCAAGGCCAAGAACGAGAAGUUGAAGAAGAAGAAAGAACAAAAGGAAGCGAGGGAACGAGAGAAGAAGUUGGCGGCGAAGGGAGACGAGAAGGACAAGGACAAAGACAAGGACGAGGAGGGAGACACCAGGAUGGAGGAUGAGGAUGAGGACGAGGAUGUUGCGGCGGAUAAAAAAGGGCCCGGCGGCUUGAAAAGUACGAAGAAGAGCGCGGGCAAGAAAAUUGAGGUUGAUGAUACCAAGAAGGGCAAGAAGAGAAAGGCGGACGGAGAUGCGGAGAAAGGACCCAAGCAGAAGAAGAAGAAGGAAGAGCCGAAGCCAAAGGCACCGAAGCAAAAAGGUCCUGUCGAUGUUGAGCGUCAGUGCGGUGUGAGCAAGGACGGUGUCCCGUGCGCCCGAUCCUUGACCUGCAAGAGCCACUCCAUGGGUGCUAAGCGCGCUGUUGCUGGACGUUCUCUCCCCUACGACAUGCUUCUCGCAGCAUAUCAAAAGAAGAACCAGGCGAAGCAGCAGAAGGCCGCGAUCGACGCCAACGCUCCACUCGAGGACGAGGAAGCUGGCAAUGGACCUGUCGACUCGGAUGAAGAACUCACUGCAGUCAUGCAUGGUCUUUCCAACUGGAACCCUCAACCCGUUGUCCCUCCUCUUGUCCACGAGCCGAUCGAGAAGAAGUACAUGCGCCAACGCCUCUACGAACAACUCCACAACGCCACCAACGGCUUCACGGUCAACAUCUUCAAGGUCGUCGGUUAUGGUGCACAAACUCUUGCGCCGGGCCAUCCGGGUUUGUUGGAGCAAGAAGGAGACGCCGACGGCGAGAUCGACAACGGCCAGGGCUUGGGUAUCGGCAUGAACGGAGUUGCUGCUCGUAGAGCCAGUGGCUUCAAUAUGCAACUGCCUCCGCAGCGACGUCCUUCCGGCACGAAUCAACGAUAA